AUGUAGCCUCACCAAGAAGUCUCCACUUUGAAUACUUAAGAAGAUCUACCUAGUCUAAAUUACAAUAAGAAAUCACUUAUAAGAAAUAGGAUCUCGAAGAUUCUUUGUCAAAUUGUAAAGAUUCCUCAUUUUAUUAAUAUACUAGGCUAAUUAAGGAUUGCCCAGCUUGAAAAUUAAAACAGAGGAGAUUUUAUCUAAGGUUACUCUGAUUACUAGGAAUCUCAAAAGGGUCUGACUUAGAUUAUGUCAUAACCCAAAUACUCAAACAUUCUAUCAAAUGGCCAUGAGCAAUAUUUAAGUGUUACUUAAACCAAUUAUUCUGAUAACGAUACUAUCAAUUUCAACGAUUCAACAAAUAUUCCUAGAUAAACUAAAUAAAAUGAUAGUCCUUAUAUUCAAAACUCAAAUCAGAAAAAGAAUAUUUCACACAACAUUCAAAGAUUUGAUGAAAAUACAAAUCCAUCUAUGAAUCAUAGAAGUACUUUAAAGUUCAAAUUUAAUGAUCAUAUGAUUCAUGAAGAGUAAAAUCAGCAUGAAUAAGACGAUAGUAGAGUCAAUUAUGAGUCUUGUACACUAAAUAUUCAGUAUCUGCAACCCUCUUCUAACUUUACAUCUAACAACAAUGAGUGUAGCAUGGGAACUACUUAUAGAUAAGAUUAGACUAGUAAUCUUAAUUAAUUAGAUGAUUCUAGCUAUGUUGAAUCCGAAUAAAAGUUCACUCCUGUACCAGAAUAGCAAGUAAGGCUUGAUCCAGAGCUAGAAGACCAUAUUUUAAAAGAAGAUUUAACCAAGGAAAGCGGGAGAAUUACUUUUAACUAGGGCUUUAGUUUCACCAAAACAUUGCAGUCAUAACCUUAUGAUCUGUCAGAGGAUGUAGAAAGAAGCAGAAAUUAUACUGUUGAUCAUGUAGAGACAUGCAAUACCAAGGAGACUCCAAUAUUCUCUGAAGAUUAUAGUCAGAAUCAAACCAUGUCAAAAGAUGAUGAGAAGCCAUUCAAGGAAAUAAAUCAUCAAAACAUUGAUAACAAGAACUAUGCCUAGUCAUUUUAAAAUAAGUAAAAAUAAGCAUUGGAAAGUCAAUUUAAGCAACUCUUAAAUCAAUUCGAAAGAUAAGAUUUCAAUGAUGAAAACCGUGAUUCAGAUUAAAUAGAGGAAUUAAUUCUUGAAAUUUAUAGAAUUUCUAAGCAAAACAAUGGAGUCGUUCCUUAAUAGUAUUAACAGAAACUUACUUCAUUACAAAAGGAUUUACAGUUGAAACAAUCUAAAUUCUAAAACUAUAAUAUUAAUUAGAAAAAUGCUUAGAGUACUAUAACCAUCGGAAACAGCACAAUGGCUAGCUUUAAAAGUCAUUUAUCAAGCUUUUAAUCUACUGCACUUGGAACUAUGUGUACUUAAGAGAAAGAUACUCAGCAAUUGUAGCAAUUCAUGCCAGAUUUUGUUUAAAAGUCUAUCAUUUCAUAAGAUACUAAUAUAUUAAGAAUUUAUAGAGAUCAUAAUCAGAAUUAUGAGAAGGUUAUAGCUCAGAUAAACAUUAGAAAAAUAUCAUAAUUCAAAAGUAUUAAGAACCCAACACCUUCAGAAAUUAACCUAGGACUUCUCUACUUACUAGUAUUUUCGCCUAUUGAUACUUCGAUAAAAUUAACUAAUGAUAAGAGUACAUUGGUCGAAAAAUCAUGGAAUAAUGGAAUUUAGCAAUACUUCAACAAUUGUGGAAAAAUCAUGCAAAAUAUGCGAAAAUUAAAAAGCAUGCUUGAUUAUGAGAGGAUAAACUAUCAAAUAAUGAAGGAGAUACAGCAGAUAUGGGAUAAUGGAGUGAAUUAUAAAGAACUCAGGAAUGAGAGUAGUAGAGACCUCAGAGAUUUUAUGAAUGUAAUCAUUGAGCGAAUUUUGCUGAAUAGACAAACAAGAGAACUAAUUAAUGAUCAAACCGAUUCUGGCAAUAAAAAUAUAAUUGAUCCUUAAACAAAAAGAUUAAAUGAUGAAGCAAAAUUAUAAGGCAUACUAAAUAAACCUCCAAUUGAGGUUUAACCAUAAUAUGAUGAAUUCAAGUAUCAAAUAAACAGCACUCUAUUUGAUUAAAAUCUUAAGCUUGAAAACGAACUUGUUCAAAAAAAGCAAGACAUGGCGAAGACUAGUAAGUUAGUUAGAGAGCUCAAAUCAAAGGAGAAGUAACUGAAAGUCAGCAUUCAAAGAAAAGAUAAGCAAGAAGAAUUAAAAAAGAAGAAAGAGGAUUAGAAAUCUUAUAUGCAGUAUUAAUAAUUUCUUAGAGAUCAGUUUCAAUAAUUCCUAAGAGAAAGAAUAAUGCUCGAUAAAAAGGAGAAAUCAGUAAAAACAAAAGAAUCAGUGCUUGAAAACAGACUUUAAAAGAUGAAGGAAAAUGCAAUUUACAGGCUCUAAAUGAUUGAUGAAUUCAAAGAGACACUGGAUAAACUAGAAUGGAAUGAUCGACUAAAAGAACAGUCAAAAGAAGAAAGAAAGAAGGAUCAUGAAGAGUUCUUAAUCAAGCUAAGAGAAGAUAAGAUGUUCAAAUAAGAGCUUUAUGCAAUUGAGAAAAUUAUAGAAUUUGAAGAGAGGAAAGUUAGUAGGUAGAAGGAUCUUGACUAUGAGCAUAGUAAAUUAUUGAAGGAGCAAGAAGAAAUUAUGAAAAACAUUGAGUAUAUGUUAAAAGCACAUAAAUGA